UCAUCAACGAGAUUGUUAGACGAAUGUUUAAGUAAAAUUUACAUCUGUGUGCGUCAUGGUCAGUUUUACAACCAGCCAGCCAUGCAAAGUGACGUCACUUUACGCGGCGUCCCAAGCCUGGAAGUCAAAAAUGAGGGUUUUCUUUUUCAAUCUCGUAACACAAACCGUUUCUUAGCUACCAGGCAACGCUGAAGGACUGAGUGCAAGAUGGCGAAAAUAAGACAGUUUCAUCAGUAAAGCUGUAUCGUUAUAAGCAAUUUUAUUAGCGUGAAACAUUGCGUUUUCCCUUCCGCAGUCAGUAAUCCAUCUAAAGCGUUAAAGAUGGAGGAAGAAGACACAAUCCUGGCUUUGAUCAAGUACUACUGCUAUGAAAAGUACUUCAAUCAUGCAAUCAGUUCUGCCUCAGCUGCUCAAAGGAAAUACAGUAGCCCCAUCUACAUUUUCUUCCACGCAUAUGCAAGUCUUAUGCAAGGUGAAAUUCAGGAAGCCACGGCAGAACUGGACACAAUCAGAGAUGAUCGAGAUCUAUCUAUCUGCACAUUGAUGGCUCUUGUCUAUGCCGAGAAGAAAAAGCCAAACCCAGACAGAGACAUUAUUCAAGAACUUGAUGCUAAGGUCAAGGAGGAUCGUAAAAGUGCACCACCCAAGAGUCUUUACCACGCUGGGACCUUUCUCUGGCUGUUAGGCCGAAAUGACAAAGCAAGAGAGUACACAGAGCGAAUGAUCAAGCUCUCCAAUGGCUCAAGAGAGGGCAUAAUCCUAAAAGCCUGGAUAGAUGUUACGUCAGGGAAAGACACCUACAUCAGGAAGGCUGGGAAAUACUUUGAUGAGGCCCUGAAAGAAAGAGCAGAUGUUUUUGCCCUAAUGGGAAAGGCACAGUAUUAUGAAUGUCGUCAGAACUACUCUGGAGCACUAGAGAUGGUUAACCAAGUCAUAGUGAGUUUCUCCGGGUUCAUUCCAGCUCUCAUUAAGAAAAUGAAACUGCUACUAAGUCUUCAAGACUGGGAUCAAACCAUAGACGCUGCUCACAGGCUUUUACAGAAAGAUAAAAAUAACCUGGAGGCUCUGCGGAUGCUGGCACUUCACUCUUUAUGUAGAGAUGGAGAUAUUGCAGAGGCAGUUUUACAACUUUCUAACCUCAUCAACGGUUUAGACAUACUGGAACCAAACAACGCAGAGCUUUGCUACAGAAUGUCUGUCGCCUUCACCCGUGUUUGUGGACGCAGUGACAAAGUUAUUGAGCAGACAUUCCGAAUGGUGGAGAGGGCUUAUUCCAUGUCGUCGAGGGAUCCAGAUUUAGCCACGGAGUUGGGCUACCAGAUGGUGCUUCAAGGCAGAAUCAAAGAGGCCAUGAAGUGGUACAAGAUCGCCAUCACUAACAAGGAGAAAACUAGUGUUUCAGCUUUGACUGGUAUAGCUCGCUGUCAGGUAAUCGAGGGACUACUUGACGAUGCAGAACAGCAACUGGAAUUUCUCUCAGAGAUUCAACAAUCUAUUGGAAAAUCUGGGGAGCUUUUGUAUCUACAGGCUGUACUGGCAGGAAAAAAGCACCAGCCCCAGGCAGAGGUGACCAACCUUCUGAAUGAUGCAGUGGACACACACUUCUCCUCGCUGCAGGGCCUGCCUCUGGGAGUCGAGUAUCUGGAGAAGAUGAACCCAGACUUCCUGUUGGAGAUUGUCAAAGAGUAUCUUGCUCUUUGUCCUUCAAAGCCUCCUGCUGCUGGCCAGCCUCCUGCUCCUCAGCUGCAGCACUGUGCCACGUUGUUGGAUACUGUGGUUAAAAUUGUGCCAGGUCUCCUUCAUGCCGUCUUCUUGCUUGCCAAAGUCAGAUACCAGUCUGGUGACAUAGAUGGUGCUCAGAGCAGUCUUAACCACUGCCUGGAGCAGUGCCCCUCUCACGCAGAUGCUCAUCUACUAUUGGCCCAGAUUCAUCUUUUGCAGGGUAACAUGAUGCUUUGCAAUCAGUCACUUGAACUCUGCCUCAGCCAUAAUUUUGAGAUACGAGAUCACCCUUUGUACCACCUCAUCAAAGCUCAGGCUAAGAAGAAGACAGGGGAGCUUGGGGAGGCUAUUCAGACAUUGCAGAUGGCCAUGAGUCUUCCAGGCGUCCGUAGAGCUGGUUCCUCAUCCAACUCCAAGCACAAGAGGACAGAGCUGAACUCUGCUGACUGUGUGUCUCUCUUCUUGGAGCUAGCUGAGGCCCUGUGGCUCAAUGGAGAGCAGCAUGAAGCAGCAAAGGUCAUGCAGGAUGCCAUCAAUGAGUUUUCUGGGACUCCAGAGGAGCUGCGUGUCACUAUUGCUAACGCGGACCUGGCGCUGCUGCGUGGUGACACAGAGCUGGCUCUGAGUAUGCUAAGAAACAUUACACCUGAGCAGCCCUACUAUAUUUCAGCCAAAGAGAAAAUGGCAGAUAUAUAUUUGAAACACAGAAGAGAAAAACGACUUUAUGCAAGCUGCUAUAGAGAAAUGGUGGAGAAGCUUCCUAGUUCUCACACAUAUCUCUUACUCGGUGAUGCAUAUAUGAACAUUCAGGAGCCAGAGAAAGCCAUUGAAGUUUAUGAGCAAGCUCUGAAGAAAAACCCCAAAGAUGGUGCUUUAGCAAGCAAAAUUGGGAAAGCGUUGGUGAAGACUCACAACUACGUCAAGGCAAUUACUUAUUAUGAAGCAGCGCUAAAGACUGAGCAACAGAACUUCCUACGCUACGACUUGGCUGAGCUUCUGAUGAAGAUGAGGCAGCAUGAUCGCUGUGAGAGAGUUCUCAAUGACGCUUUGGCUCAUGAUCCAGUGAAUGAGCUGCCUGCUCUCUCAGAUACCUGUCAUUAUCUAGUGCUGCUAGCUAAGGUUCAAAUUAAAGGGGAAAAAAAUGAAGAAGCUUUACUUUCACUACAGAAAGCCCGAGAUGUACAAGCCAAAGUCCUGAAGCGCGUGCAGCUGGAGCAGCCCGAUGCUGUCCCGGCGCAGAAGCAACGUGCUGCAGAGAUCUGUGCUGAGAUCGCCAAACACUAUACAAGUCAGAGGGGCUAUGAGAGAGCGGUCAAAUUCUACAAAGAAGCUCUUGUGUAUUGUGAGACCGAUCGCAAGGUCAUGCUGGAAUUGGCACGGUUGUAUCUCACUCUGGACGAGGUGGAUUUAUGCCAGCACCAAUGCAGCGAGAUUUUGAAGAAUGACAAUUUCAACGAAGACGCAACUCUGAUGAUGGCAGACAUUAAUUUUAGAAAGCAGGAUUAUGAUCGAGCACUUAGUAAUUUUGAGCAACUCCUGACAUACAAACCAGACAACUACCCAACUCUAUCGCAUCUCAUUGACUUGUUGAGAAGAGCCGGCAAGUUGGAGAACAUCCCCAGUUUCCUUGAUAAGGCAGAAAAACAUUGUUCCAGAAUUAAAUUGGACCCAGGCUUCAACUAUUGCAAGGGGCUUUAUCUUUGGUACACAGGAGAACCUAUCGAUGCUCUGCUACAUUUCAAUAAGGCUCGGAAAGAUAACGACUGGGGUCAGAAUGCUGUAUAUAACAUGAUUGAAAUCUUGCUCAACCCAGACAACGACACAAUUGGAGGAGAAGUGUUUGAGAAUUUAGAUGGUGAAAUUGGCAACUCCACAGAAAAGCAAGAGUCUGAGCAGCUUGCUGUGAGAACAGCAGAGAAGCUUCUCAAGGAGAUAAAGCCUCAGACGCCGGGCGGACACGUACAGCUCCGCAUCCUGGAGAACUACUGCUUGCUGUCUACUAAACAGAAGGCCAAUGUAGAGAAGGCCCUCUGUGUUUUCACAGAGAUUGCAAACAAUGAGAAAGACCACGUUCCAGCUUUGCUGGCCAUGGCAACAGCAUACAUGAUGCUGAAACAAACUCCUCGAGCCAGGAACCAGCUCAAACGAAUAGCCAAGAUGAACUGGAACAUUGCUGACGCUGACGAGUUUGAGAAGAGCUGGCUGCUCCUGGCUGAUAUAUACAUCCACUCGGGGAAGUAUGACAUGGCCGCAGAUCUUCUAAAAAGAUGUCUCAAUCAUAACAAGUCAUGCUGCAAAGCUUAUGAGUAUCAGGGCUACAUAAUGGAAAAAGACCAGGCGUUCCGUGAUGCAGCUCUCAACUAUGAAAUGGCUUGGAAAUAUGGAAAUCAGAAAAAUCCAGCUAUUGGAUAUAAGCUUGCUUUUAACUACUUGAAAGCAAAGAGGUACGUUGAGGCCAUAGAUGUGUGUCAUAAGGUUCUCGCUGCUCAUCCAGAUUAUCCAAAAAUGAGGAAGGAAAUCCUGGACAAAGCUCGUGCUGCCUUGAGAUCAUAGAGUUGCAUGUUUUUGCGUGUGUGCCUGAGAAAGAUUGAAAAAGUUGCUUAUUGUGUUAAAAUGAAAAUGUAGUUAUUUUUCUCAGGCCUUUGAGCAGACCCUCAAACACAUGGUUUUAUAGAUUUUUCUGAGCAAAUGAAAAGUUGGUUUCUGACAGUUUACAGAGAAAACAGAGGAGAGACUUUGGGGAAUAUGCACAGCUGAAAGCUUCUAGCAAUGAAACGACUAUAUAAAUGUUUUUUCAGAUUGAAAUGUAAAUCUUAGAAACAUUUACAUUUUACUAGUCCAUACUGACCCUCUGCUUUCCAGAGGUAUUUGUGAAAGAGACUAUCCAGUGAUAUGUUUUUGUUCUAUAAACAAAUGUAAACUGACAGUAAGAACAUCUGAUUAAUAAGGCAUACAUUUUCACUGUAGGAUUUUACUCAAAAAAAAGUUUUGUUUUUAAAAAUGCAUUACUAAAUUAAAAAAGCUAAUUCUG